AUGGGGAAAUCGCGUAAAUGGAGCGCAUGGCACCUGCUGCUAAUUGUGUGUUUGCACGAUCAGCUACGCGCAAUUUCUCGGCCAGGUCUUGCUGCAAACCCAAUAUCUCCCAAACAGAGCAUACUGAGCAUCUUCGACUUCGAGGACUACUGGGGUGGUAUUGGUAUUGUCAAGAUGCCUCGACCACUGUCUGGAGAUGAGGACGGUUUCUCCGACGGUGGCAGUGAAGUCGCCGACAUCAGCCACGGCACACCUCCCGCAGACAAAAAAUCCAAAACACAGCUCAAUGGUGAACUUCACGAUGAGGUCGAGAAAGGUUCCUCCCGCGCGCAAAGCGACGACGGCAGCGAAGCCAGUGAUGAUGAUGACGAAGAAGGCGAGGAAGAGUACGUCGUGGAGGCGAUACAGAGCCACCGAACCAGGAAAGGUGUCAUAGAGUACCACAUCAAAUGGGUCGGGUACGACGAGGCGGAGAACACGUGGGAGCCUAAGGAAAACCUGAUGCCGCAUGCACGAAUCAUGCUGCAAGAAUACCACAAAAGCAUUGGCGGGGUCCCGAGCGCGAGUACCGUCAAGAGGACGAAAUCCAGACAAUCACUCAAACCUCAAGCGUCACAAGAACAACAACCACAGCGCAAGAGACAGAAGAGAAGCGCCGGCGAGUCCAACAACGAACAAGAAUGGACACCGUCGGCAAAGGACUGGGAACCUCAAGUUGACAAGAUUGAAACCGUCGAGCGCAACGAAGCCGGGACACUCAUGGCGUACAUUCUGUUUAGAAAUGGCAAAAAGUCAAAAGUCACAAUGGACAAAGUCUAUCAGCAUUGCCCUAUACCUAUGCUCAGAUUCUACGAGGACCAUCUCAAGUUUAAGUAAGUCCCUGGACUGCUUCUUCUGGAUGAUCUAUAGCUGAACUGACAUAUAUAGCUAGCUGAGCCCCCGGUCCCGAUUUGGUCCUGUCUUGACCAGUUCUGCCCCCUACAUGAUGUACAUCAAAUGCUCCGAGACUUUUGCGAACAAGGGUGAAGGAAAGGUUUCUAUGAUAUUUCUUAUUGACUUUUGGGCUGGUGCUGCUGCUGCUCCUCUGAUAUUUUUGGGCAAAGUAGGUUUGUUACGCAUGGCGCUGGGGUCGUACAAAAAGGAAGGAAGGGAGGCAGGCAGGCAGGCAGUGAUGGUGGAUCUUCAGUCCCCAUUGAGACGUGUGCGCGACGUUGAUUAACAUCGGAGGGCUUGGAGAUCAAUCUUCUUCCAACAUGCGCCCAUGAACAGAGACUGUGGCUGGGAAAAGGUCUCCUUUUCGACAAGCGGUUCUUCAGGGGCCGCAAGACCCGCGGCUGCUGGGGUUAGAGUGCUCUGGAUUGUCGAUAACUCGAGCCCCCUGAUGCUGAUUCUCCUCGGGCAGGCAUAUCUCUGGCCAGGAGAAACUGCUCGAGCUUGGAACCUCUGACUGCAACAAAAUCGAGAAAGCAGCAGAUCUCGUCCAGCAAGAGUGUGCCUCGGGUAGAUAAAAUGCCAGACCACACUAGAGCCAGACUCCCUCGAGGGGUCUUAUACUCUCCGUAAUGAUAAAGAGAAAGACGAGAUGAAGAUAAGAUGAAAUUCAAGAAUGAUCCG